AUGCAUGGUUACUUUGGCUGCAAUGCUGCUGCAGAGCCUGGAUACUCUGCCUUGCUGGGAACUCCACAGAUAUGUGUCACAAAGAUGUCUACACGGAACUGUCAGGGAAUGGAUUCAGUGAUCAAACCUCUGGAUACAAUUCCUGAAGAUAAAAAAGUCCGGGUUCAGAGGACACAGAGUAGUUUUGAUCCAUUUGAGAAACCAACUAACCAAGUGAAGAGGGUUCAUUCGGAGAACAACGCUUGCAUUAACUUCAAAACUUCAUCUGCAGGGAAGGAAUCACCUAAAGUCAGGCGGCACUCCAGCCCCAGCUCUCCUACAAGCCCCAAGUUUGGAAAAGCGGACUCAUACGAAAAACUGGAAAAACUAGGGGAAGGGUCCUAUGCUACAGUAUACAAAGGGAAAAGCAAGGUAAAUGGAAAGCUGGUGGCAUUGAAGGUGAUUAGAUUACAAGAAGAGGAAGGAACCCCAUUUACUGCUAUCAGGGAAGGUAUGCACUCACAUUUAAUGAUUAUACAUGGGGGGUUUUUUAGGCGGGAUGAGCCAGGGAAGUACCAGAACAUCGGCCUUCACAAGGCCCACAGCGUCACCCUGGGUGACAGAUGUGCAACUGCGUGGCCAUCGCAGCCACAGUCCCCACAGCUGCAGCUCCCUCAGCCCUCACUCCUGCAGCUGUCU